AUGCAGCCGUACGACGGAGGAGGAGGAGGAGGAGGAGGAGAGGAAGAAGAAAAGGUUUCCAGCAGAAAGGUCGGCCGUGUCUCAGCGCAAAAGGCCGAGCAGAGCCAAAGGAUUCCAGGGAGAACGCGAGGAAAGAUGAGCGCGCACGAGAUCCAACGUCGCUUGGGCGAAAUCUUCAAGCAUCGGGGAAACACCCCAGAGAAGGUGGUCGAGUUCGUGUACAAGCAGUUCAAGGAGGCCUCUGACCUGAUUGAGGUCUCCAUGGCCCUCGAGGAUGGCCACGAGAAGGAAAUGUUGGAGCUUCAGGUCUUUGCCACCCUUGACAUGCUUCAGGACGAGCCGCGCAUCACUCCCCUUGGCAAAGCCGCCAUUCUCACGAAGUUGGUUGGCCUCAGCUUCAGCCCUCGUCGUGUCUGCACCGUCACUCCCGAGUGCGCCAAUGUCUCCCUUUGCCAGCAUGACGAGGAAUUGCUUCAAGUCAAGCAUGACCAAAUCGCCAAGGCUCUCAAACACUUUGAAUCUCCAGAUCACCCGGCGGAUCCAAACCCUAUUUGGCCCACGAGAACUGGAGAGCGUCUGGUGCUACUUUUCCUUGACCUCAUCGAGUACCGUCUGUUUCAACGCACUGGCAAUGCAGAGUAUGAGGUCGACCUGGCCAAGGAGGGUGAGUCGUAA